AUGAAAAACAAGCAAGGUGUAAAGAGAUCGGUUCCUCCCCAAGAACCAAGCGGGAAUGAUCAAUCGACUCCUUCUUCAACAAUGAGAGCUCGCCGUUCCUCUGCAACAGAUGACCAAGUGCCUGUAUCCGUAAUAAAUCCUGACAACAAGAAAAAGAAGAAGGCAACGCCUCGAGCACUAUUACCACGACAAAGGUCCGUUCCUACAUCAACCAGCCCUGCUUCACAACAACCACUGGUUGAAAGUACGCAUCCUACUUCUCGAGUAUCAAGAUCCAAAAGAACCGCACCAUCUCGGGGCCGUAAGCGAAAUGCAGGAAAGGAGCGGCCUGUUGAACAAGGAUCAGAGGCUGUCAUAGCACCACCAUCAUCAUCAUCACCACCACCACCACAACGAUCAUCAAGUAAAAGUCGGCGGGGGAUGAAAAGAAGCAAGUUGGAUAUAGAGAAUAUCAAGCAGCAGCAACAACAGGAUGAAAAGAAUCCCAUUUCCCAGAAACCACGUCGUGCAACAAGCCCAGCUGCACAAGACACCUCCGUAGAACGACCACGCAACAUACAAUCCAUCAUAUACGGCCGAUACAAAAUUGGCACCUGGUACUAUUCGCCUUAUCCAGCAGAGUUUGGUGACAAGGUGGAUGAGCUAUUCAUAUGUGAGCAUUGCUUAAAAUAUACUCCCCAUGAUCAUGAAUUACGGGCACACAAGCUUCAUUGCAAACGAAGGAAACCGCCAGGACGCGUUAUUUAUGAGCAGAAUCACAUUCGAGUUUAUGAAGUGGAUGGUCGAGAACACAAGCUCUAUUGUCAAAACCUUUGUCUCAUGUCUAAGCUCUUUUUGGAGACCAAGACGCUAUACUAUGACGUGGAAGGGUUUACUUUUUAUGUGCUUACGGAGCAAGAUCGUACGCUCGAUUUAUUUGUUGGCUACUUUUCAAAGGAGAAGUUGUCGUAUGACAAUUACAACCUGGCAUGCAUUAUGAUUUUACCACCACAGCAACGAAACGGAUAUGGAAGGCUGUUGAUUGAAUUAAGUUAUGAAUUGUCCAAACGAGAAGGAGUGAUUGGAUCGCCCGAAAAACCAUUAUCCAUACUUGGUGCCCGUGGUUAUCGGUCUUUUUGGGGAGCAACACUUGUAUCCACGUUGAACAGUUUCCAAGGACAAAUGACAAUCAAAGAUUUGAGUGACCAAACGGGGAUCCAUCCAGACGAUGUGAUAUCAACGUUGACAUGGCUAGAUUUAUUAAAGUAUUGGGAGCCUCUGCCUCCUCCAUCAUCACCAUCCCAAAUCGAUGAGCACCAGAGAGCACCACCACCACCACCACCCGCUUCUUCUUUGGCCGUUCGUGUAUGUAUCAAAACAGACAUGAUCCAAAGUGCUAUCGAACAACAUCGUCUUCGUUUAACCAAAAUGCUUAAUCCUUCAUUAAUUCGGUGGCCAUGA